AUGGCUAGAACCCGACGAAACCCUUCACCAGAGAGACCCCUAGUGCAAGAUGCAAGGGUCCCUCCUGAUCCAUUACAAUUGAUUCUGGAACGCCUCGAGCAACAACAGAAGACCAUCGAGGACAUGAGAGCAGCUCAAGCUCGUCAGGAACAAGAAAGGGAUGCAGCGAUAGCUGCAGCAGUAGCAGCAGCAUUAGCAAACCUCGAGAGGAGGCAACCAGAGGAAGAGGUCUCUGCAGCACCAGCAUCAGAACAAUUGCCAAGACCGGCAAUGCCAGCAGCAGAACCCGAUAGCAUUCAACAGUGGAUGACCCGAUUCUGUAAGCACAACCCGCCGUCAUUUGAUGGGACAUUCGAUGUUCAAGCGGCGGAAGAGUGGAUUAAUCGCCUAGAGAAGAUCUUCAAGUUUUAUGAGAAGUACUUUCCGAGAUCUGUCCGCGACGAAAGAGAAGCAGAGUUUCUGACUUUGAAGCAAAAGGAUGACGAGCCUUUCGAUGAGUACUUGGCUAAGUUCAUCCGUCUCUCUCAUUAUUCAAGCUAUCUCCGAUAUAGAGAUGAGAGGUGGACGACGGAGAAGAUGGUUCGAGGACUGAGGCCAUCAUUGAGGGAGAUGAUUGCUCCCAGACAAUUUGAGCAGUUCAAUAAAGCAGUGGAAGCUUGCCGAAUCACGGAAAGCAGCUUCAACCAUCAUCUGAUGGUCAAGACAACUCCACGAGCAGAGAAAGGAGGUCAAGGAGGUCAAGGUGCUACCUCAUCCAAUGUGAAUAAGAAGAGGAAGCAACCCUGGAAUAACCGCAAGAACAAGAAAGGCGAGAGUGCCCACAGAACACCGAGCAGGCAAGACCACGCACCCAGGGCCGAGUGUUUGCCAUCACAAGAGAAGAAGCCCGGAAGUCUCCGGAGAUGA